UGCCUCUGAACAGUUACUUGCAUUUUUUAGAAAUUAUUAUAUUUUUAACCCUACAAUUUAGUAUAAUUUUCUCUCAGUCUAAUUGUCCUAAUUUAGUUACAUGUGGUGCUUGUAUAGGUUAUGCGUACGAUUCGUGUGUUUGGUGUCCUUCUAAAGCCCAUACGGGACCACGGUGUAAAUCGAAAGAUCUAGUAGAAGCAACAUGGUGCUCCGAAACUGUAUCCGAAUCAAUUUUGAAUCAGAAAAUCAUACGAAAUGAUGAUUUAAAUUCCGGAGAGAAUGGUACCAAGGUUCAAUUUUCACCACAAUUAAUGACUGUCAAGGUACGUCCAGGUUUACCUAUCAACUUCAAGAUGGCGUACCGACCUGCUAAAGAUUAUCCACUAGAUGUCUAUUAUGUCAUGGAUUUUUCUUAUACAAUGAGGGCAUACAAAAAUCUUCUUCAAAAGCAGGGUCUAGAGAUUUAUAGGGAGCUGACUUUACUAACAAAUAAUGUUCGACUGGGUAUUGGAACAUUUGUUGAUAAGCCCGCAUAUCCUUUUAUAAGGUCAGAUAGUGUGGCUUACUCCUUUAAAAAUCAUUUAUCUUUAACGCAGAACAUGACUCAGUUUCUAAAUGCUCUACGAGACGAUUUGUUCGGAUCAAACAAUGACGACCCGGAAGGUGGUUUCGACGCCCUGAUGCAGGUCAUGCUAUGUCAGAAUGAAAUAGGAUGGCGGGAAAAUGCCAGGCGAAUCAUAAUCUUAUCAACUGAUGCUACUUACCACAGCGCCGGAGAUGGUAAAUUCGUUGGUGCUGUCAAACCGAACGAUAUGAAAUGUCACCUCGAAAAUAAUAAUUAUAACAUGGACCUAGACCUUGACUACCCCUCUGUGAGUCAGAUUAAUAAGAUCGCUACCGAAAACAACUUUAAAAUAAUAUUCGCUGGAAUUUCUUCUGUAAAAGAUCAUUACGAAGGUCUAGUGAAGAAAAUAAGAGGUGCGAAAUAUGUAGAAUUCAGUGACGGCUCAAAUUUGGUUACAAUGGUCAAAGAGGAAUAUCUAACAUUGAUAAGGAGCAUGCAAAUAAAUGCAGAAUUGCCACCACAUAUUGAACUUUCAUUAAGUCCUGACUGUCGUAAAGAAGGGAAUUGCAUAAUUAAACAUAAUGAAUCUAUUACUAUAAAUGCAACGUUAACGGUCAAAGCUUGUCCCAGUUCUGAUGAAGCAAGCGAAGUGCUAGUGGGUCCUGUAGCUUUAAACGAGAAACUAAAAAUUAUAGUAACAAGCGAUUGUGUGUGCGAUUGUGAACGUAAAAAUACAAACACGAAUGCAUCACAAUGUAGAGGAAAUGGAAAAUACCAAUGUGGUAUCUGUACAUGUAACAAAAAUACUUAUGGUGAAGAUUGCGGCUGCACGGGCAUAUCAAGUGUUGAUUUAGAUAAAUGUAAAUUAACAGUAACAGCAACAGACUACUGCAGUGGAAGGGGUACAUGCAGUUGUGGCAAGUGUAUACAUUGUAAGAAAGGAUUUUCUGGAGAUUUCUGUCAAUACGACGACACCGCUUGUCCAAGUCCCGGUGGCAAGCUGUGCGCAGGGAGCGGGUUAUGUCGGUAUGGGAAAUGUGAAUGCGUCGCCGGCAGAACUGGUCCAGGCUGCGAUUGUCCGCUGAGCAUUGAUACAUGUUAUGCGCCACACUCCAAAGAGGUAUGUUCGGGAACUGGAAACUGCAUUUGCGGCGAAUGCCACUGUUUGCCAAUGAAAACAUCAAAUCGAACAUGUUCGGGACGUUUUUGCGACAAUUGUGACGAAUUUGCCGAGAAACGAUGCCUGGAACUCGAGAACUAUGCGGAAUGCAAUUACUUGUAUAACAAAACGUACUGCGACCAGUUUCAUAAUCAGACUUCUUUAACUGAAAUUAAAAUUGUUGAUAAAUUGGACACUACACUAUCGGAUCAAGGAAUGACCAAAUGGUGCAAGAAGGAGUUAUGGAACGGAACACUUCUUUUUCAAUACCUAUACCCAAUUACGUCACCGAACAUCUUGCAAGUUAUAAUUGCAAAGGAAUUGGAGCAGCCACCUGAAAUUAAUUUAUUUAUUGCUGUAGGAGUUCCUUUUGGAGUGCUUAUUCUGAUCGGUCUUCUGACAAUUAUUAUCUGGAAGAUUCUAGUAGAUCGAAUUGACGCUAGAGAAUAUAAAAAUUUCGCAGAGAAGGCUGCUGCAGCUGGAUUCUCCGUGCCCGGCAUUGUUAACCCAGUGUAUCGACCGCCAGUCAGCAACGUUAAUAACCCAAUGUUUGACAAUAAUUUAUGACUAAAAGUGUAGUGUAGAUUUCCUUAAUUUGUAAUAGUUCCUGUGCCUACUAAGUCUGCCGGCGAGAUCCGUCUUAAUCAUAUUGGAACCGAAAUAAGGCAUAAAUCAUUCUGCGACCCUAAAAGUAGUUCAUUGGACAGCUUUCUCCAGGGUCCUGCGCUCUGGCCCACCAAAAGCCUGUCGCCUAGGCAAUUCUUGCUGGAGGGCUAGACAACACGGAGUCUAAUUGUUCUCUUGUUUAUAGUUUCU